UAGCUUACAGUUUACUAGAAGAAUUAUUUUUGGCCCGUUUGUCUUUGAGUUUGAGACUAACGCCAUAUAUCGGGAGACGUUCUACAGACAUAAGUAAACUGGUUUGAUACCACACACUUUUAAUUAAGUCAUAUACGUCAUCAAAGGUGUUCGCUCCUGUAAAAAAAGUUUUUUCUAGUGCGGCAAUUAGAAGGAUUACAUUUUUACUACAGCUGUUUGAGCCACGACUUUUGUGUUUAGAUUGGGACGAUAAGCACAUUGAAAGAAACUUAACGGUGACCUUGAACUUUUGUGUGUACCGACAAGAGCAGCUAAAUAAAGCAAGUACAACACUAAACGACCUUGACCUUCCCAGUACCAGUCUCCGGCCAACAGAAUGUCUCUGGCACUGCUCACCCUCCUCAUCGCCAGCUUGUGUCACGUGACCGAGGCCAGGUCAGCCACAAACGCAUUAUUGAACGUGUGUGAGCGGCGCUGGGAGCUGAUCUACUCACACGACCAGUACGGCAACACCACGCUGGGCAGCAAGAAGGAGCUGAUCGUAUUGGCCAUGUCCGGCAACUCCAUCAAGGCCAACCUCUACAUGCCGGACCACGUCCUGCAGCUGCCGGCUGACAACAUCAACCGUAGGGACAACGAGAUUUGCUUCCAGUCCUUGCGGGCACUGGCUAACAACGGCAGCCAUAUUGACACGAGCGACCCCUGGCUUUUCUACGCCGUCUGCACCACGGGUCACGUGACGGAGCGUGACCUCUACAACACCAGCGUCUUCCGGGUCGCCAUUGACUGGUUUGUCAAGGACAUUGGCCCCAACACUGAGCCAAUCUAUUCCAACUUCUUUGACGGCUGUCCACUGAAAGAGUCCAGUCUAGGACAGCUACACGAGGCGGCCAAGUGCAUGAACCUCUUGCUGUCCAUGCGGGACAAGCCGUACGUCUUCCCCCUGCACAACGUUCUGCUGGACCCGGUCAGCGGGGAGGUCAGUGGGCAGAACCUCAUGCAUAUGGGUCAAAGCUACCUAGACAACUACAUCAGCUUCCAUCACGUGCCGUACAAGUGGUUCUCCUAUUGGUCCAACACUGGACACAGGGACAAUGUCCGCUGGUCAGUACAGAAGAACGUCGCCUACAAGCACAACACGGACACGGCCGCGCUGGACUGGUACGCCGACGUGUGCUGGCGCCACAUCUACACCAACGACGAAAACGGCUACCCCGUCCAUGGGUCGGUGGAGGACCUGAUCAAUGCCGUUAGACGGGGCCACAGGGUGCGCGUGCGAUACGACAACAUCGCCAUGGAAGUGAGCAACAUUCGGGUCAAAGGUCAGGUGGUGGCGGCUCAACUCCUGAACGAGAUCACUUUAGCCAAGGACUCUGGCUCGUCAAGAAUCAUCGAGCGAAUGACGAGGGUCAGGAUCAGCAUUGUCCACACGACAGGAAGAAUCCAGUCCCACGAGUACCUCAUUGGCACUGACGCCAAUAGAAAGAUCAACGUGCCAAUCAAAAGACGAGUGGAGUGGAUGGUCGACACACGACCAUGGACCGUGGUACUCAAAACCGUCGACCCGCCUGGAGACGCGAUACAGGGCUCAACACGUGACCUUGAACUUGCCAUUCAGCACGGUGCCUCCAUUCGUCUAAAUAUAGAACUCGACCCGUUGGCUGGUUCGUUCUUCACACAGGCCAACAACAUCCGCGCCGACCUGCUGAGCGAGACGGUGUACGCCCAGGCCCUGGACCAUGUCAGCGACAAGAAGGCAAGGACGCCGGACGAGUACGAGCUGCAGCUCCAGCUCUUCAGCUGGUACCUGGUCAUCUCCUCCCGCGGGCAGGUCCGCAUGAGCGCCUGGAUGUACGGCACAGACAGCUUCCGGUACGACGAGGGCGCGCCGGAAGCCACGGUCACGUGGUUUGCUAACCUGUGAGGGGUUGGCGGAUACCGCACGUUAAACGUGGGGUUUGAUACGUUAGACGUGCUAAACGUGUGGGUUAGCAGGUUAAUUAUUCACAGAUCUCAUCAGAAACUAAAAUGCUAUCCUGUGGGUGUAUGAAAUGUUGAGCAAACGAUGUGUACAAUGAUGUAC